AUGCCUCCUUCUAUUCACAAAUGGAAUCAUCAGUACGCAAUUUUGUCCACUGUGGCGUUUCCCCACAAAAGGAUAUUAUUCGCAGGCACUCAUGACUCUAAGAUCUUAUGCUUUGAUCUCACGACUUACAACUUGGCCAAAACAAUCUGUCUUGGCGAUACUGAAGAGACGCACACCAGAUCCAGUGUGCUAUGCAUGACGAAAUCGCAGGAUGAACGCUUUCUAUUUUCAGCAGGCGCAGACUCGCUAGUGCGGAUCUGGUCGGUCGACAGCCUCACUGCCAGCGGAAACAUUACAAUAACAGAGGUUGGUACGCUAUACUCGCUACUCGAUAUUGGUGAUAUUUUCUCUCUCAAAUACCUAGACGCGCAUCAAACAAUUGUUUUCGGUUGCCAAAAUGCUAACAUGCUUUACUUGCCCCAUGUCAUGGAUUCUGUGAAUCGAAAAACUCAGGCAGAAGACUUGAAUAAGUUGCCACAUCGUCGUUUCGAUAGAUUCUUUGAUUCUACAGGUCCAGGCGUACGUCCGAUUGUUGCGAACGCAACCCCUCCUCCAGAACCAGAGGAACUGGAGCAUGUAAUAAUAGAAAUUCCACCCGAAUACAUUAUACCUUACGCACACAACAGUUUCAUCUACUCAACCCAGCCCUUGAAAGGGCAAAAUGGAAAUUUGCCCACGCAUUUCUAUACUGAUGGUAUGACUAAAGAAAAUACAGACUUCAUCGUAUCAGGCGGCGGCGAUGGUAUGAGCAAGAUAUGGGCUUUGUCACAGGAAGCUGGGGGCUACAUGAAGCCAAGGUUGAUUACAGAAAUGAACAAUGAGGAGAGUGUCCUGUGCCAAAUAGUUUCUUUCCCAUUUUUAUAUUGUGGUCUGAGCGAUGGUUUGAUAAAAAUGUGGGAUCUCAACACCAAGGAGCUUGUAUCAACUUUCCAAGCGCCAAGCAAGUGCGAUAUCGUUUCAAUCAGUGUCUACAAAGACCACAUCUUUGCCACUCACCAAAAAGGGGUAACAAAGUUUUAUCGGGAUGAAGUCUACCAAUGGAAUGCACAUCAAGGGCUAGUUUUAAGUGCAGAGCUACUUAGAAGAAAAUGCACCGGAUACAGCCACUUAAGGCUUGCCACCGGUGGCAACGACGGUGCAUUGACCUUGUGGAAUGUCAACAGACUGGUAGGGGAAGAGGAUGAAAACGAGAUCAACAACAUAUCAUCUGCAAGCGCUUACGUGUCAUCUCAUAUCGACAUAAAAAGUAGGGAAAAAUACAACGCUCAACUUGUGGAUCACGACAACAUGUUCGAAACUUUAAGAGAAUUAAUCAGCUUCAAGACGGUUUCUGCACUCACAGAUACCCAAUACGUGAUCGAUUUGCGCCGUUGUGCCUCUUUUCUACAGGAGCUCUUCACAAAAUUGGGGGCGGCAUGCACACUUUUGACCAUCAAGAAUGGUUGCAGUCCUCUCAUUCACGCGCAGUUUCACGGCAAAGCGCAAAAAAAGAAGAAGAUACUUUGGUAUGGACACUACGAUAUUAUUUCCCCUGGAGAUCCCUCGAGAUGGAAAACCGACCCCUUCACCUUAACGUGCGAGAAUGGCUACUUAAAAGGAAGAGGCGUUACUGACAAUAAAGGACCUCUUGUUGCAGCAAUGUACAGCGUUGGUUCUGCUUUCCUGAAAGGGGAACUCUUAAAUGAUGUGGUAUUUCUAAUUGAAGGUCAGGAAGAAUCGAGCUCGCAAGGAUUUGCUGAGACUAUCAACAAACACCGUGACUUAAUUGGUAACGACGUCGAUUGGGUGUUGUUCAGUAAUUCCUACUGGGUCGACGACAAAGUCCCCUGUCUCAACUACGGUUUGCGAGGCGUAAUCAAUGCUCGCAUAACAGUCUGGAACAACGAACCUGACAAGCAUUCGGGGUUUGACGGUGGAACUGAUAGGGAGCCCACCGCAGAUUUGAUAAGUGUGACAUCGAAGUUACAAGACGAUGAUGGUCGAGUGUUAAUACCCGGAUUUUACGAACCACUUAAGCAAUUGAGCGCUGAGGAAGAGAUACACUUCAAGGAAAUUCUGAAAAGAACCAACGUAUGCAAAUCUAUUUCGCUAGAAAAGCUUAGGGCCAAGUGGACCAAACCUUCGCUCUCCGUGACUAACAUGAAGGUUUCUGGUCCGGGAAACGUUACCGUCAUUCCCAGUAGCGCUUCAGUUACGGUAUCUAUUCGCAUUGUCCCGGAGCAGGACGUUGCAGACAUUAAAAACUCAUUGGAGCAGUACGUGAAUGAAUGCUUCAAAAAACUAAAAACAAACAACAAGCUGACGUUGGAGACUCUGAACACGGCAGAGCCCUGGUUGGGUGAUCCAAAAAAUUCAGCAUACCAAGUUUUAAGAGAAGAAAUUCAAGAAGCUUGGGGCGCCGAUCCUCUGUUGGUCAGAGAGGGUGGCUCCAUUCCGCAGAUUCGUUUCCUUGAGCGCGUAUUGAGGGCCCCAGCUGUUCAGGUUCCCUGUGGACAAUCAACUGACAAUGCCCAUCUUGACAAUGAAAGAUUGCGCAUCGAGAAUUGGUAUAAGAUGCGGCAAAUCUUGCAUAAAGCCUUCAACAGACUCUAA